CUGCGCUACAGCCCCGUCGAUAUGAGUUGCGUGUUUUCCGCCUAACCCCCCCUUUUCACCGCGGCCUGUCGCGCCAACAACAUGCCUCUGGCGAAAGACUUGCUCCACCCGACUGCCGAGGAGGAGAGGAGGCGGCACAAGAAGAAGCGGCUGGUCCAGAGCCCAAACUCUUACUUCAUGGACGUCAAAUGUCCAGGUUGCUAUAAGAUCACCACGGUGUUCAGCCAUGCUCAGACAGUGGUGUUGUGCGUUGGAUGCUCUACAGUGCUUUGCCAACCCACCGGAGGAAAAGCACGCCUGACAGAAGGAUGCUCUUUCAGAAGAAAACAGCAUUAGUCUCUUAUUGACCUGCUUGCAAAGGAUAUGGGAGACUGAUGAAGAGAAACAGGAUUGGCCAAAGGUUUCACAGCACCCAGGAGGAAGUCAAGAUAAAGGCCAUUUUAGAAAAGCCACAUCUGAGCUCAAAUCUGGCUGCAUGUUGGAUUAAGGUCUUGUUCAAACUCAUGACUGCCAACCCUUUUUUUUCUCACUUCAAAUCCUUUAAAUAAAGUGUUUUUUGUUA